AUGGAUAUAAAAGAAAAUGUUCAAAGAAUCAACGGUCAUCUUACACUAUCUUCGGAGGGGCGUUAUAGAGGAACAGCUCCUGUCGAUUUGGGUAAUGAUGCAUUAAAUCAUUUGAUGGCAUUGAUUAAUCAGCGGUUCGAUAACAUGGAGAGAGCAACAGCUGAGAAGUUCGAUAACAUGAAUCAAGAAAUCCGCUACUUAGUGAGGCAACAAAAUAGUUCCUCAGCGAGAGCAGAGAACAAAUUCAAGGGCCGUGGGGGAGAAAUUGAGUCGCCGUCGGCUUACAAAGACAUAGCUAACAAAGAUAAUAAGCUCCCUAUUGAUGAAGGUCUUGAAAGGUUGCACUCCAUGGACCAAAUAAAUUCUAUGACAGGGCCAACAGUCAAUAAUUAUUUAAGAUUUUAUGAUAUCGCGACUAGUGGUCAAGUUCAAGAAAGAAAAAAGAGGUUAUUGCAGUUCGUUGGUGUCAAUGUUUCUACUGAAGUGAGAGAAACAUUUGGAUCAGGUAUUUAG